AUGCUGGCCCCUGUUGCCGCUGGGCGGGCGAGCUUCUGGCGCUACACACUCCGUCGUGUUGGGCGCCGGCGCAAGGAGAAGAAGGAAAUUGAUAAGAGGAGCUGUGGGGCCAAUAUGGAGAAGGAAAAGCCCCCACAAAAAAAAACAGACACAGCUGUAAGGAAGACGAACAGUGUCCAGGUUCCCGCUCCAUACAUUUUGCUUAAGUGUUUUGCCAGCGCGCUUUUUCUACUCUUUCCAUGCCGCUUCCGUUGUCCCCACGCGGGGCUGAGAAAGGGAAGGGAAACGCAGACGGGAAAAACAGAUGAAACCAAAUUGGUUGAAUAA